UCUCCAAACCCAACAAUAGCAUCAGAAGAAUCCAAAAACCCAAAACGAAAAGUAGUAAACCAAGGAUCAAAACACUUAUUUCCAUUACAUUUUCCUACAACGGGAAAUUGAAACACCAAUAUUACAAGCAAGCACAAGAAGCAGCAGCAAGUCUUGAAGGUGGCCAAGAAUCCAACUUUAAUUAGAUCAUGGAAGAAUCUGAGACAUACCCAAAAGAAUACUUCUCCCCACAACCAAGAAGAACCACGUCAACGCCGUCAUCAGUUGCAACCACCAGUGUCCACGUCACUGCUUUAGAUGGGCUAGUAAAUGUGAACUCACUUUUCACCAUUGCAGUGUUUGUGGGGCUCUCUCUAACCACACCUGGCCAAAAAAGUCUUGAAGACCGCACAGCCUGCGAUGCUGGCAUUGACGUUGUCAAGAAACUGCUUGUUUUUGAGGUUGUCUCAUUCAGCUUUUUUCUCUUCUCUUCACUUGUUGCACAGGGACUCAAAUUGGCAAUUAAUCUGUUGAAUAGCAAAGAUGUUGAUGAGGUUUUCAGGGCUCAUAUCAAUUUGAAAGUGCUUAGGCUUGGAAUGAUGGGUUCUGCUAUUGGAUCUGUAAUGGGCUGUUUGUUCUUGAUGCUUUCUAUUGUGAAUGUCAUUGAGAUUCGGCUCGGGAUGUUAUCUUGUGGAAGUAAAUCUGCUAUUCAUGCUGUCUCCGCCUUGGUCAUUCUAGUCUCCACUGCUCUUGUGGUUUAUAUUUCUACUGCUAUAUAUGCAUUUAUGCACUAAAGUCAAUCUGCAAUCUUGAAUGUACUCUUUGUAAGUUUUUUUAUUUGAAUUUUAUUGCAACCUAUGAACUUUACAUGUUGGUAUCAUAUGUGAGAGGAGUAUCAGUUUUGUUAUGUUA